AUGACGGCCGAUGUUGGCGCGCGACUCGCCAACUGCUCCUCUAAGCAGACGAUCCUUGAUAGCCGCUUCCACCUCGCCAUCUUCAAGAACUUCACUGGCAAUUACAACCUCCUCAUCGACACGCUCCUGGUCGACGCGGCGGGCAGUCCGCCUGACUCGCUCGCCAUCGUGAAGGGUGCCGUGUGCGACGCCGCUGCUACGGACGUCCUCGCGCUGCCGCUCGCCGCGGCGAACUGGCAGCAGCGCGCGGGGUGGUGGCUGCUGCACGCGGAGGCGCGCCUUGACGCCUUCCUUGAGAACGCGGACGCCGCCACCGUCGACGCACUGCUCGCGGUUCUCCCCAACACCUCGCUUCCGCGCAAGAAUGGCGGCGGGCGGAAUGGCGGAGGCAGCGCGGGGGGCGCGCAGAGCGGUCAUGGUGGGAAGCGCUGUCAAAAUAGUAGGCAUAGUGAAGACAAGAAGCUUAGGGUUUAA